UUUUUUUUUUUUUUUUUGGUACUGGGAAUCAAAUUCAUGACCUCUCUUGUCAGACAAGGUAUAUGGUCUGUUUUGGAGAAUGUCCUGUGUGCAGCUGAGAAGAAUGUAUAUUCUGAUGUUUUGGGGUGGAACACUGUUUAGACAUCCACUAAGUUCAUUUGCUCAAAAGUUUGAUAUAAUUGUAAUAUAUCAUUAUCCAUUUUUUGUCUAGUUGAUCCUUUAUUUUGUGACAGUGGGGUGUUUGAGAAUUCCCAAUACACUUGUAUUAUGGCUUGAUUUUUCACAUCCAUUAAUAAUUAUUAUAUUAUUAAUAUAUUAUAUAUAAUAUAUAGUUUGGUGUGCUGGUAUUUGUUGCAUAUAUAUUUAUGAUUGUUAUCUCUUGGAUUGCUCCCUUUGCAAGGAUAUAGUGACCUUCUUUAUCUCUCUUAAUCAGUCUCGGCUUGAAAUUCACUUUGUCUGCAAAUAGAAUAUUUUCCCCUGCUUUUUUCUGGGUUCCUGUUGCAUGGAGUAUUGUUUUCCAUUCUUUGACUUUUAGUCUAUGAAUUUCUGUUUGAAUUAAAUGUGUUUGUGGUAUGAAGCAUAUUGUUGGAUCUUGCUUCUUGACUCUUUCUGGUAGUCUGCAUCUUUUGAUUCGUGAAUUGAGACCCUUACUAUUUUUUUUUUGUCUUUUUUCCUUUUUAUUGGUACCGGGGAUUGAACUCACGACUGCCUGCUUCCAAAGCAGAUGCUUAUGCUGCUGAGCUAAAUCCCCAGCCCCUGAGACCCUUACUAUUGAUGGUUAAAACUAAUAUGUAUUGACUUAUCCUUGUCAUGUUAUUUUCCUGUUGUUGGGUCCCUCAAUUUCCCCCUCUAAUUGUUUGCUUUUCCUGGUGGAUCCCCUCUGUUGGGGUUCAUGGAGCUGUAGUCCUUAUUAUCUCUUUGUAGAAUGUCUUUCAGGACAUUUUGGAGUGGUGGUUUGGUGGUCAUAAAUUUCCUCAGAUGUUCUUUGUCAUGGAAGUAUCUUAUUUCUCCGUCAAUUUUGAAAGAUAAUUUUGUGUGGUACAUUAAUCUGGGUUGAAAGUUGUUGUCCUUUAGAACUUGGAGUACUUUACUUCAAGCUCUUUUUGACUUGAGAGUUUGUGCUGAGAAGUCAGCUGGGCUUUCCUUUGUAGGUGAUACUUUUCUCUAACAGCUUUUAGGAUUCUAUUUUUGUGAGAAUAUCUGGAGUCUUGACUAUGAUAUGUCUGGCUAUAGAUUGUUUUUGAACAUUGCUAAUUGGAGUUCUAUAUGUCUCACUUAUUUGUAUGUCAAAUUCUUUUUCUCUACCAGAAAGUUUUCCAACAUGAUGUCUAUGAACAUUUUUUAAUGUCAUUUGUGGUAUCUCCUGUUGUUAAUUGACUCAAAUUAAGUUUUUUUGGUACUAGGAAUCAAGCUUAUGACCCUGUGCCUGCCAGGCAGGCUGUGUGACACUUAGCUAUAUCCCUGGCCCAAUUUAAGUUAAUCUUAAGUUUCUUUUUUGUAUCAUCUAGCAGCUGCUGGAUUGAUUUCUCAUGGUGUGUGCUAGUUUUGAGAAAUCUUUCUUUUCCUGGUCACUAACUGCAAGCCUGUCUGUCUUCAGUAUCUGAGACCCUGUCCUCACAUUGUCCUAAUCAGCUUCAAAUACUUUCUUUCUUUUUUUUUUUUUAAUCGGUACCAAGGAUUGAACUCACGACUGCGUGCUUGCAAGGCAGGCGCUUAUGCCACUGAGCUAAAUCCCCAGCCCCUACUUCAAAUACUUUCAAUGGAGUUUUUAUUUUCCUGGAUAUUUGCUUGAAUUUGUGUUCUGGGUUCCAUUUGUUUCCUAAGUUGUGCUUCCAUAAUUUUCUUAUUCUCAUCUAUUUUUUUGUCUGUGUCUUCUCUAAUGUCGCAAAGAGUAGUGUGUAUUUUGGCAAUCUCUGUAGUUAUCUCAGAGGUUAUUUCUGAUAUUUUUUGCAGAGCCUCAUUCAGUUGCUUUGUUGUUUCUACUUCAGAGAGACCUGGUCACUGGCUUUCACAUUGUUCCACCUCAUAGCCCUGUGGAUUUGCCUUUGAUGAACUGAAUGUCCGGGGUUGCAUCUUGUUUACGUAUCUUCUCAUUUCUUUUCUUUUAUUAGUUUAAUUUCCGGGGUGAUGCUUGUCAGUUGCCUAUGGUGGGUUGCUUUACUGGUAGUAUUUAGGACUCUUAUGUGAUGAUUACUUCUCCGAGGUAUCUUCUAGGUGUAGCUGGUUUUUGGGUUUUGGGUCUGUUGGAAGUUUUUACCUCCUUAGUUUGUUGUAGAUGAGAAGUUGUCGCUCAUUUGGCCUAGUCCCUGGUUCUUUGGCACUAUGUCACCAUAUUUUCUGUAACCCUUAGUUAAUCUCAGUUGUGAAUUAUCAGGACCAACAGCUGUUUAGAACAAUUAUGUCAGUUUUGGCUGUAGUGGUACCAGUAGCAACCAACAUAGCCUAGAAAAAACAAACUAAUCUAACCCUUAAUUUACAACUUUUAGCCAUGUGAACUAGAUUUGUGAUUAUAUAACAAAAUGUAAAACAGGUAGUCACUUAUGCCACUGAUCUAAAUCCCUGUAUCCUAACAAAAUGUAAAACCAGAUAAUUAUAUGCAGUAUAGAAGUCUAUGAUGUGCCAGUUUUGACCUCGAGGGUUAAACUUUAAAAUGGAUUAUGGACAAAGUGUAGAAGUGGAAGAAGAGAAGGAGAUUAGAAGUAAAGUUGGAAAACAAAGGUGGAUCAUGCCAAUUUGGGGAAACUGGUGCAGAAGACUGAAGGAAAAGAGAUGGAAUAGAUAAAAGUAAGAACAGAACAGUACCACACCCACAAAGUGGUUAAGAACCGCAUUUGCACUCAUAUAUAACCAAUGAAGGAAAAAGAGAAAAAAAAAUGAAAAAGAAAAACAGUCCACUUCCAGGAUUCACUCUGGUUUUGCUAGCAGACAGCCUGUGGAGACAGAGUCCCAAAUUGUGCCUCUCUAUCCCAGCAAAGCAGCAAUUGCUUUAUGGCAAAAUAGUAGAUGACCUUAGCAGGCCUUCCCUGAGACCAGACUCAUUGGAUUUGCUGCAGUCCAAGAAAUUUCCACUGGUCUGCACCCAGCUAGGAGCUGCUAGAGGAAGCUGGCAGCAGUUCUGGAUUCUGGGCUUAUCUGACCUGACUCCAAAAUGGCUCCCAGGUAAUUGCCCUCUCCCAUGGGAGGAGUGAGUCCUCUGCACUCAGUGCAAGCCAGUGCAGUUCUCCAUGUCUGCCAUUCCCUUCCAUUGCUGCAUCUUUCUACAGAGGCCUCCAGGAUCACCAGCAGUCCCAGUCACUGUGACAGUGCAUCCACAGAUUGCAACAACUCCUCUUGUGCAGUGAGUCCUGUCUCAGGGCAACGGCACUGCUGGCUACCAUUUUCUUCGUUUUUGAAGUUUUACUUUUCACUCUCUCUGUGGGCUUCAAUUCACACUUCAUAUUCUUUCUGGGUCCAGGGGACCCACUUCCUUCCAUCUUGUCUUAUUCACGAUUUUGUAGACCGGUGUCUGAGUGGUGACUGUCAGAGAGGCUGUUUUCUCUGCUACUUACUGCUCCUCCAUCUUUGACAUUAGUUUAAAAAGUGUUAUUUAAUAGUAUUGUGUGUUCCCAGCCUUUUGCUAAAAACUGGGUUGGGAGUGGAAUGGGGUGGUGGUUGUGGUACAAGUAAAAUAUGAUCAGAUUUCUUCAUAGACCUUAGACUUUAGUUCAAGAGAUUUCUGUAUUGUAUAAAACAAUAAAAUGUUGGAGACAAAGUAAGAUGACAGGUUCAGGCACAUCUGGUUAACAGUCCAGUAUUCCUUGUUCUGUUUUUUAGUUUUUUUCUUUUUUCUGUACCAGAAAUUGAACUCACAACCUCAUGCUUGCCAGGCAGAUGCUUAUCCACUGAGCUUAAUCUCUGGUCCCCUUUGCUUUUUUCCCUGUUUUAAAUAUCAAGCCAGUUAAAUUUUCUCUUUAGAGUCAAAUUGGUGAUUUUAGCAUGCUAACCAGAUCCUACAAUAGCCCUAAAUCCAAGCCCUCUUACCCAUGAAUACUGAAGUAAAGCAUCAUUUUCUAAGAAAUUUAAGUUUUCCCAUGUUUCUUGGUGUUGACUACUUUUGAAUUCUCUUCUCCACAGCAUAGAAAGGGCUCAACCUUACAGUCGGAUCUGGGAGACAGAGGUCAACAACAAAUUUUCAACAUAGCUAGAACUAAAAGGAAUCUAAAGCUUCAUUUUCCAAAGGUGCCUUAUCUACCCUUUGACCCACUCUUUGAGAUGGAGUUGACCUAGUAAACUGGGAGAGGUGAAUAACAUUCAGGAUUCUUUGGAUUUUUUAUUUGAUAGGUAUUCCAGGUAAGACACAUCUGUGUUGAAACACAUGCUGUAAUUUUACUUAAGUAAAAUUACUUUCUGCAGUGGAAAUGCAGACUUAAGUGGUCACUGAAUUGGACUUCUUUCAUAUUCUUGAGAACAUGGCUUUUCUUAGAUACAGUAACAGUUCUAAUUGUUCUUCAUUUGGAUCAUGUUUUAACCCUUUUAUUUUUAUUAUAAAAUCUCUCUAAGGUCCUUCCAUAUGCCUAAGUCAUGGAGUCUAAAACUGAAUUAUCACUUUAGUUAAAACGUACAUGUUAUGUGGGUGUUAUUUAAUUUAUAUAUCAUAGUAUUCAUGUUUACUUUUUUAUCUUUAAUUUUUUUUGGUUUUUGAGACAGAAUCUUACUGUGUAGUUCACCCUGACCUUGAACACACUAUGUAACCCAGGUUGUCUCCAAACUCACAGCAAUCCUCCUGUCUCAGUCUUUAAGCUUACUUUUAAAAUACAAACUCUUUUUGACUAAAUUAGGUUGUGGUUCUCUGCUAUUUCCUUCCUCACCAACUACCACCCUUUAUUCCUUUUUUAAAAAAUUAAAAAAAAUAUUUAAAGACUAAACAAAACAGAAAAUGAGCAGAACUAAUACAUACAUUCAGAGGAAAAAAUAAAAAGAAAUCACUAGUUAAUGUUUACAUAAUGUCCUUUUACAAAUAGUUGUUCAAGAUACAAAAGUGGAACAUAUAAAGUGAGAAUUCAAACAGCGAGAUGGCAAACAGUUCUGUUCAACUAUCCAUCAAAAACUUGGUAAUAUGGUUAUAAAGCCUAUACACUUAAACAUACAUGCAGUUAUCCAUAUCUUCAUUUAUGUUGAGAUAGAAGAAACCCAAGCAGUCUAAUAUCACUCUGAACAAAGAAUAGUACUAUUUCUGGGUGUUACAUUAUGACCCUCCAGGAUCAGCACUGGGUACUUUAGUGUUUCUUUCUUCAAAGUAUCUGUUCAUUUCAUCAUGUGUCAUAAGAUCAGUUCUCAUAAACUGUUUAUAAAUUCUACACAUGCAUGAGUCUUAACAUGUAUUGUUAUCCUUUCUAUAUUGGAGAAACAAAUCAAAGCAAGACAAAACAAAACAUAUUCCUAUAAACACAUGAAACGAAAAAGACAUAUAAGACGGUUGUACAAGGAGUUCUACCAUAGUUCCUGUGUUAUCUCUUGUUAUCUUCAAUAGAAUUGGCUAUAUCAUCAGACAUAGUAUAAUUGAAUAUAUCAGUAUGUAACAAUAUUAAUAAAAACAGAACUUUGUAUAUAGUAUAAAACUUCAAAGGCAGGCAGUUAUUUAACCAGAAUGUGUAUUGUAGAGUCUUGUCAUCUUCAGUGUAGUUGCCUAUACUCUCAGACUUGAUACUAUCAAUCACCAGUUUUGAAUAAAAUCAGCAAUCAAACAAACUAGAUUUAACUAAGAUCAGUCAUGAUAAAACAGUACAAGUCAUACAGGGCUCUAGAUUAAGGUAAUAUGAAAUUAAAGAUGAUUAGUGUGCUAUAUCCUGAUGUUUUUGGGAUAGCUGUCUGUGCCCUUGAAUCUAAUGCAAGUAGACAACUGGGACAGAAUAAAAUCUAUCAAAAAAAGAAUAAAAUCUAUCUAAGCAGAGUGGUACGAGUAAUGUGGGUUUUAAAUCCUGAUACACUAUUAACAAUAUUUUCUGCCAUCUUUUUUAAGACUCUCCCUCCCCUUUCACUUCCCCAGGGUACACUGUGCAUUUUUGGGUCUGACCAAGACCCUUGGUUUUAAAUUGGUGGGGGGCAACCUGCUAUUUACGUAAGUGAUUCCGAACCUUGUCUCUCCUGGACUUGAUCUCUAAUUGUGUUCCUUUACCUAUUAAAGCCUGUCUUUUUACCCUAUCCACAAAUAUUGGUCUAGUUGCCCCUAUUACUCUCUGGUUCUCUGUCACAUAGAGCAUUGUUUUCUCAUAUUUGAUUUUCAGUCCAUGUACUCUUUUUCAUGUUAAUUAAAUUUCCUAUAAAUAUCAUCUUGGUGGACCCUGCCUCCUGAUCUGCUCCACAUGUGAUUCUUUUUUUUUAAUUUAGUGUAUCAAGGCCACCUAUAUUAGAGAUUAUAACCAACCUUCUCUGCCUCAUUUCUCUUAUGCUCUUUUUUUUGUCAUCAGUUGUCUGCUUAUCUUCUUCAUUCUGUUUUCUGCUCCAGUCAUUGAGGCUUCUCUUCCACUGUUCCUGGAAUCUUAGUACUUUUCUCUCUCAGUAGAAUGCCCUGCAAUAUUCUUUGUAGAGUUGGGUUGGUGAUUGUGAAGUUCCCAAGUUCCUCUUUGUCUUGGAAGCAUCUUUGUUUCUCCAUUAAUUUCUAGAGACAGUUUAGCAGGGUAUAUCAAUUUGGGUUAGAGGUUAUUUUCUUUCAGGGCUUGGAAUAUUUUACUCCGGGUUCUUCUUGACUUGAUGCUUUGUGUCGAGAACUAUGCCGUUAUUCUGAUGGGCCUUCCUUUAUAGGUGAUCUGUUUCUUGUCUUUAACAGCUUUUAAUAUUGUGUUCUUAUAUUGAAUUUCUGGGAUCUUGAUUAUUAUAUGCCUGGAUGUAGCUCUGUUUUGGUUGUAGGUGGCUGGAGUUCUGUAUGCCUCGUACAUCAGAAUAUCAUUUCCUUUCCCUAUGUUUGGGAAGUUUUCCUUAAUUAUUUCUGUGAGUAGCCUUUGAAGCUCCUUUGUUUGUGCCCCUGCUUCUUCAUUCACAUUCUUUAUUGUCAAGUUGUAGAUCUUCUUGUCGUCUUCUAGCCUUUGUAUUGUUACUGCUUGUUCCUUGUUAUUUUUAAAAAGCUUUUCCUUUCAUAAUCCCACAUUGCAAAACUGUCCUCCAGCUUGGAUAAUCUAUCCUUAGUUUCUUUCAUGCAGGUUUGGCAUCUUUCCAUAGAGUUUUAAAUUUCCUGGUAAUCUCUUUGAAUCUGCUUCAUGUGUUCUAUAUUUUGUUUAUAUUCUUCACCAAAUGGUUCUCUCCUUUGUUUGAGUUCUUCCCUUCUUCUGUUUGUGUCUGUUUGAGGGGUGCUUAGCAUCUCUUUUAUUAAUCUUCUUAUAUCUUGCUUUACUUGACUAAAUAUUUCACUUUUGAACUCAUCUAUGAGGUCCCGAAGAUAUCUCUUUAUGUCCACUGGUGCUGUGUCUGAUAUUGCUUGUUUGCUGUUCUCAUUCUCCUUUGUAUUUACCUGUCCUGGGUCAGUGUUCUCAGGGUUGGGACCUGGGGACUUUUUUGUUGUUGCUUCCUCUUCCUAUCUUUUUUGUUUCUUCCAGGAGUCCCCAGUUUCUUUCUUUGUUGGUUAUAAUUCUGAAGCAUGCUAGCUAGGUAACCCUUCCCACUGCAGUGUGCUAAUGAGUUUCAGACAGGGGCAGUGUAUGCUGGCCCCUCCCCUCUGGAUCAGUCAAGCUGCUGAGGCCUGCACUGUAUUACUAUGUGCCCCUUCCCCUCUCGGUUAGUCAAACUUCUGAGGCUUCACUGCAUUAGUGUGUGCCACCACCGUACGGAAUUGAUUCUGGAUAACCUAAUGGGUCUCAGCCAGGUCGUGUGACCCAGGCCUAGCUCACUGCAGCAAUCCUGUUCAGGAAGGGAACAACUGACUGAAGUCACUGCUGCCCCUUGUACUUGCCAGUCCUGUCCAGUCCCAGAAUGCCAUCCGCCUGAGACACCUUCUCUGUGGAAUGGCUCCAGUCCCAUCACUCACCACAGGUUGAUGCAGGCUCCCUGCCAGCUCAGCUCUUCAUUUGGCUGAACCCCCGACCUCAGUGUGACUGCCCCUCAAGUGAGUCAAAGUGGUGGGACCUCAGAUGGCUCAGCAAAUUGCCUGCUGCGGCGGGAGCACUGAAUCUUUAGCAGUUCCAAUAAUAGCACCAGGACUGUAUGUUUGAUUGGUUCUUCUCAUCUUGGUUUCUUCUUGGGGUGAGAUAAUUCAUCUCCCUCUUUUUGGGGCUCCCCAAUGCUGUAUUAUAUUGAAUUCUAAGUUGACUAUGUCAGGGAGCCUCUGUAGCCAGCUGUUAUCUAUCUGCCAUCUUUGCUCUACCGCCAUUCCUUUUUUUCUUAUGCAAAAUUUUUUUUCAAUUCAAUUUAAUUCAAUUCAUUUUGGGAUGAAGGUUUCCCUGUGUUGCCAGGCUGGCCUCAAAUAUGUAAUCCUUCUACCUCAGCCUCCCAAGUAGCCAGGAUUAUAGAUGUAUGCUUUCUGCAUCCAGCUUAAUUUACGUUUAUUUUGUCUUGCUGCUCUGUUUGUUUGCAUCUAUCUAGUCUGUCUGUGCUUUCAAAGGUGAGAGAAUUCAUUCCUUAGAAACAGAAAAAAUAGGGGAUAAUUAUCCGUAUCACAAAAGCGUUCUUGAAAUCAGUACAAGCUCCCUUUAAAUAGGUGAUUGCUGUGGUGAUUUUAAGGUGUAUAUAGGUCAUCAAUUACUUGAUCUAGAGAAAUUGAAGGUACGGGGUUAAAAGGCACUGCCCAUUGUAAAUCGUUUAGAAUUAAGGAGAAAACUAGUUUUCCAAAAGUAAAAUGCAGUUAGAUUCCCAGAAAUUUUAUGUACUUUCACAAAAAUGUUAUUAUUAUACCUGAUUUUUGGUGCUGGGACUGAAACUAGGGCCUUUGCACUAGCCUACAUUCCCUGCCCUUUUUAUUUUUAUUUUGAGAUUGUUAUAGUAUUCUGGUGCAAUAGAGAAGCAAAAAGUACAAAAUGAACAGGUUUAUUGAGGGUGUAGAAAGGAGCAAAUAACCCAUGGUGGUUGGGCUGUCUCCUUUGACCAGAUAUAGAGAGGCAGAGGGUUAUAUGACCUCUGAUCAGAAGUGGCACAUGGGGCGGAUAUUGAUGAUAUGUGAGGAACCCAUGGGAAUUCUCUGUGCAGGCAAGCAAGAAGGGGUGUUGCAAUUAGGGCUGAAGAAGAAGCAGGAAGUGGUAAGUGUUACCACUUUGGCCUUCUGCCACUUUAGAUCACCUCCAUAAUUGUACAGUAAUUUAUACUAGGGCAAGAACCUUUCAGAGAUCAGGUGCAUACAUUUUGGUAUGGCCAUAGAUGCCUGCUGUAUUUUGAGACAGGAUCUUACUAAGUUACCCAAUCUUAGCCUUCCUCAGUCUGCAGAGUGCUGAGGUUACAGGUAUGCUCCACCACAUCUGGCUCCUGCUUUUUUCUUUUUUUCCUCCUCUUCCUCUUUUUCUUUUUCUUCUUUCUCCUCCUCCUCCCCCUCCUCUCUCUCCUUCUCCCCCUCACCCCCCCCCUUCUUCUUCCUCUUUCUCUUCAUCUUUCUGAGAUAGGAUCUUGCUAUGCACUUCAGGCUAACCUUGAACUCACUUUGUAGUUCAUGCUGGCCUUGGAACUUGCAGUAAUCCUCCUGCCUCAGCCUCCUGAGUGCUGGGAUUACAGGGAUGUACCAUCAUGCUUUUCUAAACAAGGCAACUUUUCAUUUAACAUCUGCACUAAUGGAGGCAUAUACGUUUUAAAUUUUUGAUGUAUUUUUAAAAGUUUAAAUAUAGGAGUAGCUAAUAUUUAUAAGCUGAAAAAUACCUUAUGUCAUAACUGAAGAUUUGGGAAGAUCUGAAAGGAAGUAUUUGAGGCUGGAAUAGAAAUCUGACUUCUGUAGUUGGCUAUACGAUCUUAAGCAAACUCAUUUACCACUUCAGCCCUGUUUGUGCAAAUAUAAAAUGAAAUUUGAUUAAAUGGUCUCUGAGGUAUUUUUUUCUUGAUGCUGGGGAUUGAAUCUAGAGGCUUAUGCAUACCAUGCACAUACUUUUAUCACUGAACUAUAUCCAUGCCUAUAAUCCCAGUGCUCUGAAAGGCUGAAGCAGGAGGAUUGCAAAUUUGAGCCAAACUUGGGAAAUUUAGAGAUUUAGUGGCCGGAUCAUGACUGAAAAUAAAAAAACAAAAAAUGACUGGGGAUGUAGUUCAGUGCAAGGGUCCUAGGCUCAAUUCCCAUUACUGAACCACCCCCAAGCUCUGAUUUUUUGAUUGCCAUCCUUGCCUAGGAGUUCAAUAAACCCUGGGAGUGAUACUAUACAAAAAGUGAAAACUUUUUUUUUGCUGAAUAUCAUAGAGUUUUAUGUAGCAUAGUUUUCUCUUCCAGAAGUGAAUGACUCUUCAUUUACCCUGUUUGCAUUUUGUUUGCUCACAUCCCAUUGUAUCCAGUCAUGAGUGCCCCCACUGAAACUGUUAAUUGGCUUUACACAAUUGCCCUAAAUUUAUCUUUGGUUUUUUAGCUGAAGUUUUUCAACAGUCACCUUUUACCUAUAUAGGGUUAUUCAUAUUUAAAAUAUAUAUAAUUAUAACUUCAUGAUCUGAUUAUAAAUGUGCUUAUUUUGUUAAAAUGUUUUAUUGUGAUAAAAUUUUAAAAAUAAAAGCUGACAAAAUUCAAACAACAAAUAUGUAAAGUAAAAAAUGAAAAAUUUCUUAAUCUUUCUUCUUAUUCCCAUUCAUUAAAAGUAGCUUUUAAUUUAGUAUGUCUUCUGAGACCUUUUUCUGUGUGUGUAUACAUUUAUUACUCACAUAUAUGUAUAGGAAUACCCACACACUUAUAUAUAGUUUUAAAAAAUAAAAUGUGUUAUUACAUGUUGUUGUAUUUUACAACUUUUCACUGUGCAACAUAUUAUGUACUUCCUCUUGCAUUAACACAAGGAUAUUUACUUCAUUUAAAAAUGGCUGUAUAAUGUAUUAUGUUAUGCUAUGCUAUGCUAUUCUAUGUUGUUAUUUUAUGUUAUGUUAUUGUUUGAGACAGUGUCUCCCUGUGUAGUCCAGGAUAGUCUUGGACUCUGUGGUGAUCUUCCUCCUUCAGCCUCCUGAGUGCUGGGAUGACAGGCAUGCACCACCACAUGUGGUUGUAUAACAUUUUUUUUUCAGUACUAGGAAUCAAAUUCAGGAACUUGCACUUACCAGGCAGGUGCUUGUGCCGCUGUGCUAUAUCCCCUGUAUAGUAGUGUCAGAAUUUAGUGAAUCACUUAAGGAUGGAAAUACAUCUUCAAUCAUUCACUAUUAUAAAUAAUGCUACAUAUAAUCUUGCUUCUGUGUUUCAAUUUUUGUUGUUGCACUGGGAAUGGAACCCAGAGUUUAACACAUGCUAGUUAUGUGCUGUACCACUGAGCUAUACUUCCAGCCCCUGUAGGAUAAAUUUUGAGAGAAGGUUAUUGCUGAGUCAGAGAAGGUGUGCAAUUUGUAUUUUGAUAGAUACAGCUAAAAUGCCUUAUUAAAGAUUAUAGUUUGGGCUCCUGCUAAAAGCAUGUGAGCAUUUCUGUUUUCCCAGUAAAAAUGGAGAAAUUAUUUUCCCACAAGAAGUCUUCUUGCCAAAAAUGGUAAAAAUUUAAGUAAUUGGUAAUUAGCCAAACUCUUUGAUGAAAAUGGUAUUUCAUAGUUCAAAUUUACAUUUGCUGGUACAUUUCAUUGUAAUGAUGCCAACUGUCAAGUUUUUAAAUUUUUCCCCAUACAUUUUAAUUUUGGUCAUUUUAGUAGCAGUAUCUGUUGUUGCUAGUUGAGGAUCCUUAGUAUUCCUGGCCAUGCAUAAACCAUUACUCUUAAUUAAUGGCCCCCUAGGUUUCUUCCCAUCUGACUGGGGGAAAAUUAACCAAUUAGUUUGGUGACAAAGCUGUAUUUUCUCAGAUGCUUUAAUGACCAGUCCUUUUCUCAGAUUGGUAUUGCUUGAGGCCACGCUCAAAGUAGGAUAAGGCAGUUCCACCUCCUUUUUUACUCUGACAUUUCUUACUACUUUUCUUUCCUUGUUGGUUAGAAUUCUUCUGAAGCACCACUGCAGUGUGCUAGUGAGUUGCAGAUAGGCGCGGUGUAUGCUGGCCUCUCCUCUCUGGAUCCGUCAAGCUGCUGAGGCUUGCACUGUAUUACUAUGCACUGUCUCCACUCCGAAUCAGUCAAGCUUCUUAGGCUUCUCUCCGUAGUGUGGUUAGUGUGUGCCAAUGUAGGGAAUUGAUUUCGGAUAACCUAUUGGGUCUCAGGCAGUUUGCAUGACCCAGGCGUAGCUCAAUCCACUAAUCCUGUUCAGGAAAGGAACAAUUGACUGAAGUCACUGCUGUGCUUUGUACUUGCCAGUCCUGCCUGGUCCCAGAAUAUCAUCUGCUGGAGCUCCUUUUUUGUGGAAUGGCUCCACUCUUGUCACUGUUGAUGCAGGCUCCCUGCCAGCUCAGUUCUCCUUUCGUCUGUCCAAUCCCCGACCUUAGUGUGACUGUGCCUCCAUUCCUCCUGUGAUUUGAAGUGGCAAUACCUUGGACAGCUUGGCAAGUCAUCCACUGCACUGGGAACACUAAACCUUGAGCUGUUCCAAUAAUAGUACCGGGACUGUAUGUUUAAUUGGUUUUUCUCACCUUAGUUUCUUCUUGGGAUGAGAUAAUUCAUCUCCCUCUGUUUGGGGUUCCCCAUGAUGUAUUAUAUUGAAUUCUAAGUUGACUAUCUCAGGGAGUCUAUGUAGCCAGCUGUUGUCUAUCUGCCAUAUUUGCUCUACUCCUCCAACACCGUUUAUUAAAGAGGCUAUCCUUAUUCCAAUGAACAUGUUUAGGCCCUUUGUCAAAUAUCAGGUGGCUGAGUGUCUUUGUAGUUGUGCUUGCAUCUUUUGAUCUGUUACAUUGAUCCUCGGUUCUAUUUCUUUGCCAGUACCAUGCUGAUUUUAUCACUGUGGCUUUGUAGUAUAGUUUUCAAGUCAGGAAUUGAGAUGCCUCCUGCCUUGCCUUUGUUGCCCAGAAUUGCCUUUGCUAUUCUAGUUUUCUUCUGUUUCCAAAUGAAUUUGAGGAGUGUUUUCUCUAGAUCUGUGAGAUAUGUUACUAGUGUUUUGAUUUGGAUUACAUUAAAUAUGUAUAAGAGUUUAUGCAGUAUGGCCAUUUUCACAAUGUUUGUUCUUCCUAGUCAAGAGCAAGGAAUAUUCUUCCAUUUUCUAAUAUCCUCUUCAAUCUCCUUUUUUAGCGUAACAUAAUUUUCAGCAUAUAGGUCUUUUACAUUCUUAGUUAGGUUGAUUCCUAAGUAUUUCAUUUUCUUAGACGCUAUUGUGAAGGGUGAUAUUUCCAUAGUUUCUCUCUCGGUGAGUUUUUUGUUUGUGUACAGGAAUGCUAUUGAUUUUAGAGCACUGACUCUGUAUCCAGAUACACUGCUGAAUUUGUUUAUUACUUCUAGUAGUCUUUUAAUGGAGUUUUUUGGAUCUUCUAUAUAAAGUAUCAUAUCAUCUGCAAAUAGUGAGAAUUUAACUUCUUUCUUUCCUAUCUUUAUUCUUUUUGUUUCUUUCUCUUGUCUGAUUGCUCUGGCUAGUGUUUCUAGAACUAUAUUGAAUAGGAGUGGUGAUAGUGGACAUUCUUAUCUUGUUCCUGAUUUUAAAGUGAAAGCUUUCAGUUUUUGUCCAUUUAGUAUAAUGUUGGCUGUUGUUUUGUCAUAGAUGGCCUUUAUAAGAUUGAGGUAGACACCAUGUAUUCUGAGUUUCUGAAAAGUUUUUAUCAUGAACAGGUGUUGGACUUUACGGAAAGGUUUUUCUGCAUCUAUUGAGAUGACCAUGUGGUUUUUGUUUUUGGCUCUGUUGAUGUGGUAUAUUACAUUUAUUGAUUUGCAUAUGUUAAACCAUCCCUGCAUUUCUGGGAUGAAUACCACUUGGUCAUGAUGUAUUCUCUUCUUUGUGGUUUUCUACAUUCUAUUGGCCAAUAUUUUAUUGAGAGUCUUUUCAUCAAUGUUUAUUAGUGAGACUGGCCUCUAGUUCUCCUUUUUGGCUGGGUCUUUCUCUGGUUUUUGCCUCCAGGAAUGAUUUAGGGAUGAUUGCUUCCUUUUCUAUUUCAUUGAAGAGUUUAAGGAGUAUUGGCAUCAAAUCUUCUCUAAAUUUCUUGUAGAAUUAAGCUGUGAAUCCAUCAGGACCUGGACUUUUCUUUGUUGAGUCACAGAGGAAGCUCACAGAGUCCAGGGCCAAGAUCCCAGGGUGGCGUGGCAUUCCUCAGUUCCAGCUGGAGUCACUCCUAUUUCCGGGUUUUGAGCGAUGUUUCAAAGCUUUCUUGGUACACUGGGAAUCACCUGGCCCACUUUUGGCUCCCGAGACAGACUGCUGGCAACUGCUUGCCACUUGGAGCUUAUUUGGUGUGGGCCAGAUGGACCUGCAGGGACUCCAUGUGUCCUUUCAAAUGUCAUUUCAGAUGUCCUUUCAAAAAGGAGAUUUCAGAUGCAGGGCAUGGUCUUACCACCUGUUAGCAAAGUUACAAGUUUUCCUGGUGCACUUAAAUUCAACCCUUGGGCUGGUCAAGGCCCAGGACCUGAUUCUGGGCCCUGCUUGCUGUUUAGAAGUGGCUGGGUGUGACUAGGUUAGGCCUGCUGGUACCUCCUGUGGGUUUAGGGUGAUUUCAGACAACGGGGCAUGGUCUUACCACCUGGGAGCAGAGUUCCAAGUUUUCCUGGUGCACUGAAAUUCAACCCAUGCACGUGGUCAGGGCCCAGGACUGGAUUCUGGGCCCUGCUUGCUGCUUCUGUCCUGGUAUUUUUUAAUUAUUCCAGUAGUAUUCUUGUAAAAUACAGAAAUAAUAAAAGUGUAUUUUGGCCAUUAUACAUGAUCCUCCUCCUAAGUGACUGCUGUUGACUGAUGCUAUGUAUUCUGGUAACAUAUAGAUUUUUUUGUUUUUCUAUUUUUCCUAGAAAAUUGAUUGUGUUUUGUUUUUAUUUACUAUUCUGUACAUAUUCUACAAGUUUUUUAUUCGGUGUUAUGAAAGUAUUUUUAUUUCAGUACAUGUAGAUUUAUUUCAGUUUUAAAAAGUGAUAGGCCAUAGUAUGGCUGAUAGACUACUAGAUUUCUUUCAAUUUUUUUUGCUUUUGUAAGUGGUAAUCUUUUUUGGGGGAGUUUCAGGGAUUGAACUCAUGACCUCAGGCAAUUAUGCCACUGAGCUAAAUCCAGAGCGUCUUUUCUUUCUUUUUUUUUUUUUUUGAGACAGGGUCUUGCAAUGUAGUUCAGGGUGGACUUGGACUCACCAUGUAACCUGAACUGGCUUUGGACUCACAGUAAUCCUCCUGCCGUGGCAUCCCGAGCGCUGAGGUUUCAGGCAUUUGCCAUUAUGCCCAACUCUACAAGUCAUGUUCUUGUGAACAUUUCUGACCAUAACUCCUUGUCAAAAUUUCUCUAGUAAGUGGUUCUUCAACUGUGAUCUUAGGACCCCUUAAGACUCCUGGGAGAAUAUGUAGUCUAUUACUAUUCAACAUAUUGGAAGUUAAAACUAAGAAAAUUUAAAAAUUCAUUAAAAGCCGGUCAUUAUAUAUUAACAUAAGCACUUUAGAUAAAAAAUAACUUUUUUCUUUUUUUUUGAAACAGGGUCUUCCUAUGUAGUUUAGGCUAGCCUUGAACUCAUGGCAAUCCUCCUGCCUCAGCCUCCCAAGUGCUGGGAUUUUUGGAGUGCACCACUAUGCCGAGUAAAAAAUAACUUUUUAAAAGCCAAAAAUAGAGUGAAGAGUGAAAUUGUAUUUCAUUUUUUUGCAAAUUAUAUUGAGUGGUUUAAUAGACUUCUGGAUUUUUAUAUUUGCUUCUGCAUUUAAUCUAUUAAUGAUGUUUUGGUUAAAGUAGUGUAUCAUACUAUAUAUGAUGGGAAAUAAACAUGUCACAUGAAAUUUACCAUUCUACCUUUUUUUGAGAUGAAUCUUGCCAUGUAGUCUAGGCUAGCCUUGACUCACUUGUCUCAAAUUCAAGUUCCUUCUGCCUCAGCCUCCUGAGUGCUACAAUUACAGGUAUGUACCACCAUGCCCAAUUCCAUUCUUCACUUUUUAAGUAUACAGUUCAAUGACAUUAAGCACAUGCAUAUUGUUAUGUGACCAUCACCACCAUACAGCUCAAGAACGUUAUUUUAUUUUUUAUUUUGAAGAAAGUAAAACUGGAAGAAAGAAAACAGAAUACAGACAAAACAAAACAAUGAACAUGAUACAAGACUUCAAAUGAGAUAAAAGGAAACCAACAAUGGCUAUCGUGAUGCCUCUUGCUAUCCUCAAAAUAACUUCCUAUGCCAUCAGGCACAAUAAAAUCAAACAAAACAGAACAGAAUAAAACCAAAAAAACCCCAAACAAUGAAAACAAACAUGACUUCAACACAAGACAAUAGGAAUACAACAGUGGCUACCAUUACUUAUUAUCUUCAAAGCAGUUGCUUAUACUGUCAGACACAAAACAAAGUAGAGUCGUCAAUCAAAACAAAAUAAUGAACAUGAUAUAAGGCUUCAAAACAAGAUAAAAGGAAAUCAAUAAUGGCUACCAUAAACCUCUUGUUACCUUCAAAAUAACUGCCCAUACCAUCAGGUAUAAUAAAGUCAAACAAAACAAAACAGAUUAAAACCAAUCAAAACAAAACAAUGAAAGCAAUACAGGACUUCAAAACAAGGCAAUAGGGUUACAACAGUGGCUACCAUAAUGCUUAUUUUUAUCUUCAAAGUAGCUGCUUAUACCAUCAGAUGUAAUAAAAUCAAAUAAAACAAAAUAGAAUAAAAUCAAUCAAAAGAAAAAAGCAAUACAGGGCUUCAAAACAAGAUAAUUUCAAAUCAAUAAUGGUUACUAUAUAUACCUUGUUAUUUUUGAAAUAACUGUCUAUGCCAUCAAAUAUGAUAAAAUCAAACAAAACAAAAUUAGAAUAAAACCAAGAUAAAUAGAACAAUGAAAACAAAACAGGGUUCCAAAACAGGAUAUAGAUUAACAAUGACCACUACCUCCCCCUUCUAGACAUCUCCUCUUUCACCUUCGCAGCAUCUAUUGUGCAUUUCGGAUUGUACUAACUCCUUUAGUUUUUUAUACUAGGGAGACAACACAAUGUUCACUCAUGUGACUCUGAACCGUAUCAUCCAUGAGCAUGAUCUCAAGUCAUAUCCAUUUACCUACAAGAGCCUUGAGAAUAUCUUUCUUUAUAGCUGAGUAGCUUCCCAUUGUCUAGAAAUGCCAUAUGUUUCUUAUACCCCCUUUUUUUCUGAUUUCCUGUCACAUGGAACAUUGUUUUUUUCCCUUUUGACUUUUAGUCUGUAAAUCUCCUUUUGAGUUAAAUGUGUUUUUUUGAUGAAAGCAUAUUGAUGAAUCUUGUCUCCUGAUCUAUUCUGCCUGUGUUUCUUUUUAUUGCUGAAUUGAGGCUAUGUUAAUUGUUAUGACCAAGGUGCACUGGCUUGUCGCUGCCAUGCUAUUUUUCUGCCACUGGCUGCCUACUUUCCCCUCCAUUCAGUUAUCUGCCCCAUUCAGUGAUCCCCCUUUGCCAUUGUUCCUGGAACUGUGAUCUUUUUUUAAAAAAAUCUUUUUCUAGAAUGUCUUUCAGUAUUCUUUUUAGGGUUUGUUUGGUUGUCCUGAAUUCUUUCAAUUGUUCUUUAUCAUGGAAGUAUCUUGCUUCUCCAUUAAAUUUGAAAGAUAGUUUUUCAGGGUACCUCAAUCUGGGUUGGAAGUUGUUUCCUUUCAGGACUUGAAAUAGUUCACUCCAAGCUCUUCUUGAUUUGAUGGUUUGUGUUUAGAAGUCUGUCAUCACUGUGUUGGAUUUUCUUUUAUAGGUGAUCUAUUUCAUUUCCCUGACAGCUUUUAAUAUUCUUUUCUUGUGUUGAAUUUCUGGAAUCUUGAUUAUUAUAUGUCUGGAUGUAGAUUUAUUUUGGUUAUGGCUAGCUGGAGGCCUAUAUACCUCACUUAUUUGUAUAUCCCAUCCUUUUCCCAUGUUUGGGAAGUUUUCUGUUACUACUUUUGCAAAUAGAAUUUUCAUACCAUCUGUAUUGACCCCUGCUUUUUUUUUUUUUGUCUUUUUUGAGACGGGGUCUCAUUAUGCAGUUCAGGCUGGCCUUGAGCUCACUUUGUAACCCAGGCUGGUCUUGAACUUGGCAACGAUCCUCCCACCUCAGCCUCCUGAGUGCUGGGAUUACAGGCAUGAGCCACCACGCCCGGCUCUCUGCGAUACCAGGGAUUGAACUCAUGACCUCGCACUUGCCAGGCAGGCGCUUAUGCCACUGAGCUAAAUCCCCAGCCCAACCCCUGCUUUUUCACUGACACCUAUUAUUCUUAAGUUGUUUUGCUUUGUAUCAUCUUGAAGUUGUUGAAUUGUUAUUUUCUGUUUCUUUGUUAUUUUUAAGAGAUCUUUCCUUUCAAGAUUGCACGCUGCACACCUGUAUUCAAGGUCUGAAUGUCUAUCUUCAGUUUCUUUCAAGUGGUUUUGCCAGUUUUCAAUGGAGUUUUUAACUUCCUGGAUAUCUUUUUGAAUCUGUUUCAUGCAUUCUACAUCUCUAAUAUUGUUCAUUCACAGUUUUCCUCAUUUUCCUAUGCUUCUCUGUUUUUAUCUAUGUCUCCUUUAGAGAUGCUUAGCAAUUUUUUGUUAUGUUUUUCAUUUCUUCUUUUACUUGAGAUAGUAUUUCUGUUCUAAUUUCUUUUAUAGCCUCAUGAAGUUGUCUGUUUACUUCAGUUGCCAUCACUUCAGAUACUUCAGGUGUGUGACUCCCAAUCCCUUCCAUAUUUUUAUCUCCUGGAUUUCCUCUGCUUGGGUUGGAGUCCAGGGACUGCCUUUUGCUUCUUCUUCUUGACAUUUUCUUGAGUUCUUCCAAAGAAGCAGGCAAUUGGGUCCCAGGCACUUCCCAUGUUGGUUACAAUUUCUCUUGGUGUGAUUGUUUGAUUUUCCUGGCCAGUGCUGGCUACGGGUACCCAGUGGUCAUCACUGGGUAUGCUGGUACAAGGCCAGCUGCUGUUUUUCCCACCCAUGCUGGCUACCUGAUGCAGAAGAGUCUGGAGGGCUGCUGGAGUGUGCAUAAGGGCAGAACUUGCUGCUGCCUCCCCACUGAGCUGGUUACCUGUGUAUAGUGUCUUCAGAUGGCUGCUGGAGUGUGUGCAGGGGCUGGUCCUGCAGCUGCCUCCCAACUGCACUGGUUAUCUGCAGGCAGUGUCAUCUGGAUGGCUAUUGGCAUGUGUGCAGGGGCAGGGCCUGCCUCUGACUCCCCACUGAGCUGGUUACUGGUGGGCAGUGUCUUCCGAUGGCUGUUGGAGUGCAUGCAGGGGCAGGGCCGGCUGGUGCCUUUCAAGAACAUUUUUAAUCUUCCUAAAGCAAAAUGCAAAUCACUUUAUUGCUGCCUCCCAGUAUCUCCUAACAACAUCCAUUCUGCCUUUAUGAAUCAGACAAUUAUAAGUACCCUGUAUAUGUGUAGUCGUAUUUGUAUUUGUCUUUUUUUGAGAAGUUUAUUUCAUUUAGCAUGUGUCAAAAUGGCCUUGCCUGUUAAGGCUGAAUAAUACUCAUUUUUAUACACAUAUACACGUCAUGUUUUGUUUGUACAUUCAUCUGCCAACUACACUAGGGUUUAUACUUUUUGACUAUUGUGAAAAAUGCUGCUAGGAAUAUGGAUGUACAGAUAGCUGUUAAAGUUCCUGCUUUCAAUUCUUUUGAGUAUGAUUCCAGAUACAGAAUUGUUGGAUCAUAUGGUAAUCCUCAUUUGCCUGUUGAUGAAUAUUUAGAUUACUGCUACUCAAAGUAUUUCUGUCAUGAACUGUAUCACCCAAUCACAAGGAGAUAGGUACCGAAAUUGAGGAUAAGUAAUUAAAGACUUUGUGUGUGUGUGUGUGUGUGUGUGUGUGUAGUGCUGGGGAUCAAACCCAGGCCCUUGUCCAUGCUAGGUAAGUGCUCUAUCAUUGAGCUAUACUUCCAGCUAGAUCAUUUAAAAGCUUCUGUAACAAUUUGACAUGGUCAUGAGAUCUAAGUGCAGGAUAAAUCACUUUUCUAGCAGUUUUUUUCUCUGUAAAUGUAUCUAUCUUAAUUAUUUUUCUCAGUGCUGAGACAAAAUAUCUGAUACCCAGGAAAGAGGAAAGGUUUAUUUUGGCUUGCAGUUUAUAGCAGUUUUAGUCCAUAAUUGGCUGACUUCAAGGCGGGGUGGCAUGGCAUAGGGGCAUCACAGAGGAGAAAUAGUCCAUGGUGGACACAAGGCAGCAAGGCAGCAUAGUGAACAAACAGCAGUGAAGACCCUCUUUCUGUCCCUUUAUAUCAUGUCCAAUCUAUCCACACUUAGGCAGGUAGCACUAACACCUGGGGGGAGGCUUCUCAUUAUCCACACCCAGAACUUUGCCAAACUGGUUAAUCAGUGGACUAAUUUAGUAAUCACACACCCUUGAUACCAGCCUUACACACUUUAGAUCCAGGCACCUCUGAAAAGCCCCACUAAUGACUGCAUGAGGCUUUGGGCAACAGCUAGACACAAGCCAUAACAGUAUCUGUCCACAACAGAUUAGAAAUUUACAAGAAAAAUAUGAACUGAAGCUAGUCUGUACCACAGAUAGAUAUUUUUGUUUUCUUAAUUUAAAAGGAUUAAAAAUGAUACAGAAUUUCAAAACAAAAUAAUAUGAAAUUAACACUAUUAAUAUACUGCAUAUUGUUAUAAAAUUUAAGCAUAAAAAUGAUAGAUUUUUUAUAGUUAAGCAAGUAUGGAUCGAGAUUUUCCAGAUUGUUGUUUUCUUUUUUGACACUAACUCUCUGGGCAUAUGUUAAAGUGUUUCUCUGAAGUAGGUACUGAUGAGUAGGAUUGAUUACUAGGUUGAAGGGCACAAAUGUUUUAUGUUUUAAUUGUAUAAACAACCUUUUUUCUCCUAUAUUUGUUUUUUAAAUUUCAUUUGUAAUUAAGUUUAUGAGUACAUUUUAGGUAUACACAAUGAUCAUAUUCACCACAGGAAAUUUAUAUCUCUAUAUGAUAUAACUUGAUUCUUUUUUCCAUUCUCCUACUCUUCCUUCAAUGCCUAUUCCCUUUCUAAUUUAUAAAAGCUUCAUUUCCAUUUUUUCUUUUUCUCAUUUUUCUCUUUUCCUUUCCUUACUUUCCCCUUCCCUCCUCCCUAGUUCCACUUACACUUUCUCAUACAUUUCUAAGUGUACAAGUAUGUAUGUGCAUGAAUGGGCAUGUUCUGGGAUUAUAAAUUUUUUAUCCCUUUCCUUCCUUCCUUCCCUCCUUCUUUCCCUCCCUCUCUUUCUUUCUCCUCUUUUGUCUGUCUUUCUUUCUUUCUUUCUUUCUUUCUUUCUUUCUUUCUUUCUUUCUUUCUUUCUUUUUCCUUCCUUCCUUCUUUCUUUUCUUUUCUUUUUGAUGGUUGUGGGAAUUGAACCCAGUACCUUCAAACUGAGCUACACUCCCAGACUUUUAUGUUUUAUUUUGAGACAGGGUAUCAAAUUUCCUAGGCUGGGCUUGAAUUUGUGAUCUUUUUAUCAUAGCCUUCAAGAGUGCUGAAAUUAUAGAUGUGUGUCACCAUGCCUAGUUCAUUUUUAUUAAAGUAUAAUUACAUACAGUAAAAUCCAAUCUUUGUAAGUACAGUAUACAUUUCUGCAGCAUUAAGGAUGCAGACAAUUGUGUAACAACUAAAUGGUGUGUUCUUAUCAAGUGUGAGAGUUCUGGGUAUAAAUCCUUUGUCAGAUAUGUUAUUUGAAAAUAUUUCCUCUUGAUCUAUACUUUGUCUUUCAUCUCUUACCAGUACCUUUUGCAGCACAGAAGUUCAUGAUUUUGAUGAAGUUAAGCUUAUCAGUUUUUAAAUUUAUGAUUUAUGCUUUUGGUUUCAUAUCUGAGAAGUAUUUGUCUAAUACAAGGUUUGUUUCUGGGUUGGAUUUUUAUUCUUUCUUUCUUUUUUGUCUUUUUGAGACAGUGUUUCACUAUGCAAUUCAGGCUGGUGCUGAGCUCACUUUGUAGCCCCGUUUGGUCUUGAAUUUGCAAUGAUCCUCCUGCCCCAGCCUCCCGAGUGCUGGGAUUAUAGGUGUGUGCCACCAUGCCUGGCUUGGAUUUUUAUUCUUUAAACUAUCUAGAAUUUAUUGUAGUGAAUGGUAUGAGCAAUUGCUAUAGUGUUAUUUUUUCCAAAUAUAUUAUUGUCCCAACACUUUGAUGAUUUGAAAUGUUACCUUUAUCAUAUCAUUCCUUUGUGUACAUGAAUCUGUUUUUGGGACCAUCUACUUUGUUUCGCUUUUUUGGCUAGUAGUGGGAACUGAACCCAGGCCCUUCAUGCUGAGCUACCCUCUCAGUUAUUUUUUAUUUUUUAUUUUUGACAGAGGGUCUUGCUAAGUCACUUAAGUACCUAGACUGAGCUCAAGCUUUCAAUCCUCCUGGCUCAGCCUCCCAGAGGGCUGGGAUAACAGGUAUGUGUUACCGUGCCUGGCCAUUGAUGUUUAUUCUUAUGUCAGUGUCACAUUUUUGAAAUUACUACCAUAGCUUUGUCAUAAAACUUGAUACGUGAAAAAUUAUUCUUUUGUUUUCAAACAUUUCUUGAAUAAUAUAGUUUAUUUUUCCUUUCCUUUAUUUUUCCUUCAAAAGGAAUUUUUGGAAUCAGCUAAUAAAUUCCACAGAAAAUCUUUUUGAGAUUUUAGUUGACAUUAUGUUGAAUUUUCACUUUACUUUGAAAAGAGUAAAUAUCUACCACAAGAAUGUGCUGUAUUUACGAAUUCAUUAAUGGUGUGUCUGUGUUUUUAUUUAGGCUUCUUUUUAUGUGUUAAUAUAUUGGUUUCAUAAUCCUGUGUUUACUUCUUUUUCAUUUGUAAACUUUUUGAAUGUAGGGAUAUUUUUGUUUCAUCUGUAUAUUUAUAAUGUCUGGUAUAGAGUAAAUUACUCUGUGAAUGAUAAAUAAUUUACACUAUAGUAAUCAUUCCAGGAUUUGAUUAAAAUGUGACAGGAUUUUACCCCCAGAAAAAUGCACAGAAGUUUACAUAAAGCAUCAAGGGAUCCAUGGACAUGAUGAUCCCUGAUGUCCACUUAUGAACCUCAGGUUAAAUAACCCUAAAUCUUAUAAUAGCAGUUGUAUACAUUGCUAUGGGACUUAAGGAAAGGAUUUCAUAUUUUAACUACAGGCUGUCAGUGAAAGCUUCACAGAAAAGAUAGGUCUGAGAGUUAAAGAAUGAGUAGGAAUUUCCUAGAGUUUGAAGAGCAAAGGAAGAACACUAUAUUUGAGCCAACUUCUCACUGAGUUGCCCAGGCUGGUCUCCAACUUGCCAUCCUACUGCCUCAGUCUCCCAUGUAGUCAGGGUUAUAGGAAUGCAUCGUCAUGCCCAGCAGGAAAAGCAUUUGGGGGUUAAAGGAUCCAGUUAGCCUGGCUUUUGAGCGAAUACUUCACAUAGUAUGUUUAAUGAAUCUGCUUUAUGAUGAACAUAUAGGUUAUUUUCAGUUUUUUAAUCAUUGUGAAUAUUCUAAUAAUGCAUAUUUUAUAUGCAUUAUUAGAAUGUGUUUGUAGGACAGAUGUAUGGAAUGGAACUGCUGAAAUAAAUGACAUGAAUAUUUAAUUUUUUGAUAAAUACUGCCAAAUUUUUUCCAGAAUGAUUUUUCUCAUGUACAGUCUUACCACCCAUAUGAGUGCACAUUUUUUUUUUACCUCACUGAGACUGGAGAGUUAUUAAUAUUUGUAAUUUUAUUUCACAGACAUGAUCAUUAUUCUUACUGCAUUUCAUUGCAUCCAGACCAUUGCUUCAACUCUCAGAAAAAUUUUCCCUUUGAGGUUCCUAACUUUCACAGUCUUAUCCUUUAUUUUUGUACUGGGGAUUUUAUCCAGGAUCUUUGCACUAAAAGCCAGUUUAUCCUGUAAGCCUUUUUAAUUCUUUGCUUUUUUUGUUCAUUCUUUCUUGAACAUUUUUGGCCUUUCUCCUACCUUUCCUACCUUCUUUUUCCCCCAGUCCCUUACCUACCUGCUGUAACCUCCCUUGCCAUAUGUAUUUGCACUGUGUUUUCUGAAAAACUGAUUCUAUUGUAGAUAAAUUACUGUACCCUAAAUUUCCUCCCCAAGUUCUAUUUGGUUGCAUUAAUUGUCCUUAAGAGUAUAUUUUGCUUAUUAAUAUGGCAUUCUUUAUUUUGAGACAGGGUUUUGCUAAAUUGCUAAAGUGCCUAGGCAUGUUUGAAUUUGGGAUCCUCUAACAUCAGCCUCCAAGAGUGCUCAGAUUAUAGGCAUGUGCCACCAUGCCUGGUUUUUAUUCUUUCUUCAUGUAGCCACAUAUUGGCUUCUUGGAUAUUUCCUUAUAUUCUGUGAAGACUUGGCUUCUGGUUCUCACUUUCCUUUCUACCCAAAUUGCUUUUUAUUUCCUAUUCCAUCAGUGGGCUCCUACAUAAGGACUAAUCAAACAACAUCUUAGCUUUACAGUUCCUUGAUCAUCACUAAUACUCUUCUCCACUCUAAGUCUGUCACAAAAUCUCUGUCUGAUUCUGGAUAUUUCCCAGAAUUACUUUACAUGUGAAAAUAUAAACUUCAAAUAUCCAAUUCUAUGUCCAUGACUUUGAAUUGUUCUACUUUUCUCUUUGCCUUAAUCAUUUUGUAAUCAUUCUUCAGAUCCAUAACCCCUUCAUUUUCUUUUAAAAACUGUGCUCAUAACUAGAUUCAGUGGUGAGUGGCCUAUCUGCUCAGGAGGUUAAGACAGGAGGAUCUUGAGCCCAGAAGUAUGACAUCAGUCUGGGCAACAUACUGAAACUACAUUUCUAAGAAAAGUGUUAAUAAUAUGAAGAUAAUAUGUAGUAUAAAAAUGUGAUUAAUGACAUAAUCCUUUUGACUGUAGCUAGGUAUGGUGGCACUGCCUGUAAUCACAGCAGUGCAGGAGGCUGAGGCAGGAGGGCCCCAAGUUUUAGCCCAGCCUAGACAAUGGAGCAACUUAACAAGACUCCAUCUCAAAAUUUAAAAUGGCUGAGGAUGUAACCCAGUGCCAAAGCCUUGGGUUCAAUCUCCAAUAACACAAAACCAAACCAAAAUCUUUUACCUGUAGAACAUACGUUUCUUGUGAGCUUUUUACUCUGAGGUAACCACUGUUAAUACUUCUCCAGGGCCACUGUGUUCUCUUUUGCAUGGUGGCCCACCUUCAAGCUGGAGGGUAUACUUCUUUUUUUUUUUUUAAAUUUUAUUAAAAAGGAAAAAGAGAAAAAACAAAACAAAACAAAACAAAACAAAACGGUAUAAGGGUACAAGUAAUACAGAACUACAAAAAAAAAAAAAAAAACAGUAAGAAAUCACCAGUUAAUAGAUUACACAUUAUCAUCUUAGAGAUAGUUGCUCAAAUCACAGUAUCAAAGCAUACAAAGUGGACAUUCAAACAGUGAGAAUGCAAACAGUUGUGUUCAAUGAUCCAACCAAAAACAUUAAUAUGGUCAGCUAUUUAACACCCCUAAACACUCUUGCUGUUGUAUCCUUUAGAGCUCUUUUUUUCCCUCUCUUUUUUACAACAAAAUUUACACAUUUUGAGUUUUAUUAUGGAGGGUAUACUUCUUUCCUAUUUUGACUUGGGCCAAACUUGCUCUGCAGGACCAGUUUUUUUUCCUGCAUUUAAUAAAAUUUUACUACCAUUCUUUGCUCAGGAGAGAAAGAACCUAGAAACCACCUCUACAGAGGAGACUCCAUCACUCCAAAAUCUGGGACUGUAUUUGGCUUAGCCUAACAGGAGAGCUAGCUAGUAAGCUCCUGUGGGUGCAUUUUUUUGGUUUUGUUUCUCUGAAAUGUUCCUGUCUGUCUUCCCUAGUCUGGGAACUCAGGAGACUUUCCUCAUGGUGCAAGGAACUGUUUCUUUUUUUUUAAACUUUAUUUAAGAGGAAAAAGAGAAAAACACAAAACAAAACAAAGCGGUGUAAGGGUACACGUAAUACAGAACUACAAAAAAAAAAAACCAUAACAGUAAGAAAUCACCUGUUAAUAGAUUACAUAUUAUCAUCUUGGAAAUAGUUGCUCAAAUCACAGUAUCAAAGAAUACAAAGUGCACAUUCAAACAGAGAGACUGCAAACAGCUGUGUUCAAUGAUCCAAAAACAUUAAUAUAGUCAGCCAUUUAACACCCCCAAACACACUUGCUGUUAUAUCCGGUAGAGCUCUUUUUUUUCCCCUCUCUUUUUUACAACAAAAUUUACACAUUUUGGAUUUUAUUACUCCUUAGUUCUUAUUACUUUUUUUUUUGGGGGGGGGAGAGAAUAAAGUCAAAUAUGGCAAAACAAAGCUGUCAGUCAAAACCAAGGAUAGACAUAGCUCAUGAUGUAGAACAGAGUACAAGGUUAUCAACAAUGGUUAUCAACGUUGUCUCUUGUUUCCUUAAAAAGAAUUGUCUAUCUCAUUAGAUAUUAUAAAGUUGGAUAAAACAGUAGAGAACAAGACCAAUAAAACGUAGGCAUUGUAAACAUUACAGGACUUCCAAAGGAGACAAUAGUCAAACCAGAAUGGGCAUCUUAGUGAAUCUUAUUGCCUUCAAAGUAGUUGCCUAUACCCUCAAACGUGAUACUAUCAUACAGAAUGGAACAGAGUCUAAUCAGUCAAAACAAGAUCAUGGGAGUAUUACAGGACUUCAAAACAAGUUAAUAGGAAAUCAAAAAGAGUUACUAUUAUAUAUCCUAAUUUUUAAAAUUUUUCCCCUUAAUUAAAACAAACAUAAGAAAUAACUAAAUAAUUGUUUUAAAGAAUAAGGGAGAGAUUGAGAUAAAACAGGAAAUAAUAUAACAAUACAGGUCAAAGCAUGACUGUUUCAGCAAUCUAGUGCUUCACCACCAAAUAACCCGACUUAAUAGUAGUUACCAUAGUGUCUGUCUUUUUCCUUGAAAUAUUUGGAUAAAACUUCAUAUACUAUAGCUUCAAAUAUUUCCAUAUCAAGAAGCCCAGAAUAAAGCCUUUCUAAUUAAUAAGUGAAAAUUUUAUAAGGCUUCAAGGCCACAUAAUGGGGAAUCAUGAUUACCACAUAUUUUUAUAUAUUUGAAUCAUUACUUACAUUAGGGAAACUACUCGGUAUUCAUACAUGCGAGGUUGAUUUAUUUCACUUAUGAGUAUGGUCUCAAGCUGCGCCCAUUUAUUGAUAAAUAUCUCAAUGUGAUCCUUCUUUAUAGUUGAAUAAUACUCCAUUGUAUAGAAAUACCACAACUUUUUUAUCCAUUCCUCAGUUGAUGGACACUUGGGUUGUUUCCAAGAUCUGGCAAUUACAAAUUGUGCUGUUAUAAAUAUAGGUGCACAUAUAUCACUGUGGUAUGAUGUUGGGAGCCGCAGCCCCGAGCCCGGUCGCCUCACUUGGCGGACGUGAGGCCUGUAGUAAAGAGUAAAGCCUGAGGUAGAUUACCCCUCCCAUCGAGCACGUUAGUUUCCUGCUUACCGCGUAAGCAACCCGCUCAACAAUAUAGUCUGCCUGGCAACUGAUGAUGUUAGCCAAUCAGCUUGCCUUGCUUACUUUAACAUGAUUGGACACUGUAUCCGUAUAUAUACUGGUGCCACCCCUGGGGGAGAAGAAGAAGCCCGGAAGUAGAAGCCCAGAAGGAGCCGCGGGGAGCGGACCAAAGGAGGCUUCGGCUGGGAGCGAUCCCAGGGCAGGCUGUACGGAGAAGGAAAAUAAAAGAAAAGGUUGUCCACUGCCAGACUUUGUCGUGUGUCCUUCCUGCCGGCCGGGAGCGACAUCGACAUUUGGAGGCCCGCACGGGGACUGAUCACCCCCGAGACGUGACAGCGGACAACGCUCAAGUACAGAGCUGCGAGACAGGUGAGUUGGGGAUAAGCCUGGGCUCUGGGUGGCGCGCACCUACAGGGCUUUUAGACUCCCCUCAGGCUCACGCGUAAGUGGCGGAUUCCUUGGGCCUCACGCGGUGAGUAACAUAUUAAAAGAUGGGAAACAUGCUAGGUAGCAACACUAAGAGCGAGGGUGGUUGUGGAGAAAGCUCUCAAGAGCUUACAAAAGUACGCAGGGUAUUUGAGCAGGCCCAGUCGGGGAGCUCCCGAGAGGGGCCCGUCAAGGGGAACAAAGAUGCUAAGGAGAAGGACGGGGCUCUAGCCUCGGAGUCGUCUGACUCCGAGGACGAGGGAAAGUUGAAUGGCAAGGAGGCCAAAGAGACCAGCUGUCAGGAGCCUAAGUCGCUCGAUAAGGAGUCGCAGGGUUCUUUUCCAGCGUUGCGCUGUGAAUUGCACUCCGCUCAACUUGGUCUGCGGAGGAGUAGAGAGCUCCUGAGCGCUCCCCGGCGCGAGAGGGAGGCGAAGCCUUCCGCCUCACCUUGGGGGCUGUUCCCGGAGGCGAUCCCUCGCCGCGAGGCGGCCGCCCGGGAGCUCCCUUCCCCUUCGCCAGAACAGGAAGUGAUGCACGGGCCCCCAUUUUCCGCCCAAUCAUGGCCGCCGUCUUAUGCUCCGCCGCCGGCGGGUCGGUAUUUUUACAGGCGGCUAUGGCAGGGGGGACGUUUGUCUCAUGAGGUACAUCCACCACCUGGGAUAGAUAGUGGCCCCUACGGGAUAUUUCCUGUACAAGUAGCUGUGGGCCAGGGACGUAAUGCAUGGGAGCCUUUUGAGAUAAAGCAGAUUAGAGAACUUAAAAAUGCAGUUACAACCUUUGGGCCGACUGCGCCUUACACCAUUGCCAUGCUGGAGAACCUGUCUUCUGGGCCCCUCACCCCCGCGGACUGGAUUCAGCUGGCAAAGGCGUGUCUGCCCUCGGGUAGUUACCUGGAUUGGCGAGCCUGGUACGCAGAGUUCUCUGCAGAGCAGGCUGAGAGAAACGCCAGUCGGGGAAACCGGGGGUGGAACAAGGAAAUGCUUAUGGGAGAAGGUCGGCACGCUGAUGAUCAGACUCAGUUCCCCGGCGCUGUCUAUGAACAAAUCAACGCCAUAGGGCUCCGCGCCUGGAAGCAGGUAAGUGGUGCCGGAACAGCCUCCUUGUGUCUUUCAAAAAUAAUUCAGGGUACCACAGAGCCAUUUGUUGACUUUGUGGCCCGAAUGCAAGAUGCUGCCGAUAAGAUAUUUUCUGAUCCGGGAGUGGCUCGACCGCUGGUAAGGCAGCUGAUUUUUGAGCAAUGUACAAAGGAGUGCAAGGCAGCGAUAGCUCCUCAUAAGAAUAAGGACCUCAACGCCUGGAUUAGGAUAUGUAGAGAGAUAGGUGGGCCGCUUUCCAACUCGGGAGUGGCUGCUCUCCUGGCCGCGGCUGUACAGCAGAGGGGACCUCGCGGGUUAGAAGGGGAAUGUAAGGCUAAAGGGUGUUUUGCCUGCGGGGAGCCAGGACACAUUAAACGUCAUUGCCCAAACAAUGCAGAUGCUAGGCCUCGCCCUAGGAAUGAAGAACCAUAUGUUUGUGGGCGAUGCAAGAGGGGAUCACACAAAGCUGAGGAGUGUAGGUCGGUCUUUGAUGCUCAGGGCAACCGUAUUUGUGGACGAGAUGCUAGAGGGCCAAAAAACGGCCAGAGGGGGCCCCCUUCACAGGCGGGCCCCCGCCCCAGAGACAGGACAGCUCAGGAUGGCAGCCUUCAACAAGGGCCACCCCUGGGUCAGCAGGUGUGGACCUCAGUGUCGCCUCCAGACUUAUAUUAGUGCCUGAUAUGGGUGUUCAAGUGGUUGAAACCACCUUUAAGGGACCGUUACCCGAAAAUUCCGUGGGUUUGGUGAUCGGGAGAUCCUCCACGGCCCUUCGGGGUCUCAUAGUAGUCCCGGGGGUCAUAGACUCAGACUACACAGGACACAUUAAAAUUAUGGUUCAAUCUCUUGUGGGUACUAUGGUAAUCAAUAAAGAAGACAAGAUAGCGCAGCUCUUGCUGCUCCCCAGUCUCCACAAGAGAUUCCCCUCAAAGCAGAAAAUUAGAGAAAGUCAAGGUUUCGGUUCCUCAGGGGAAGUCUUCGAGGGACUCCAUAUAAUACUUGAUAAAAGGCCCAUGCUCUCACUUAAGGUCAAUGGCAAGGAUAUAACAGGGCUCCUAGACACAGGAGCUGACCGUUCCAUUAUCUCUAGAAAGGAUUGGCCCUCCAACUGGCCCACCAACACUGCAGAUAACACGCUGCAGGGCCUGGGGAUGGUGUCAGCUCCUCAGGUUAGUGCUUCAACCCUGUUCUGGUGCGAUGAGGAGGGUCAUCAGGGCCAUUUCCAACCAUUUGUGUUGCAGUUGCCAGUGUCUCUAUGGGGAAGGGACAUCCUCACUCAGAUGGAUGUCACGCUUACGUCAAACUGCUCCCCCCAGGCUAAGGAUAUACUCAGGAACCAGGGAUAUACCCCCGGCAAAGGCUUGGGCAAUGCCCUACAGGGUCGGACAUCCCCAAUACCACUGUGGGUACCGGAGAGACUGACACGGGCGACAAAGCCCUCGACUGAAGAUCAGACCUGCCCUACCGGAGAUCCAUCACAGACCAACCAACAAGAUGAAUAGAAAUAGCGAUAGCCCGAAAUGGACAAGAAGAUCCUCAGGCAUAUGCAUGGCUCGCUCGCCUAGCCUACGACCGAGUCUAGGGACGGUGAGCUUCCCACACUCCUCCUCUAAAAAAUUAUGAUAUAGCAGGGUAGGAGAGUCAAUGACGGGUAAGAGCGUACUCCCCCGGUGCGACUCAACCUAAGCCAGGCCCUACCCCAUCCUGCACGUAAGCCGCUGGACUGUUAGAUGCUGCCCAGGUCUAAAUUUCUCUCCGAGGGGAUUUCUUUACGGAGAGGAAAUGAGUGCAAGCUUGUGUGCAUCCAGGUUCCGUCCAGUUUGUGCCUGGCCCUAGAAAAAGGACGAGGGCCUCAGGGCCUUGGCAGACCAUGGGACGGCCGACCAGGGUCUAAGCCAAGGACCUACGGUGGGCCUACACAUAGGGCAUAAGCCUCUGCACCCAGUCCAGGAAGGGCUACGAUGCGCACAUUCAUAAAAAAUAAAAAAGGGGGAGAUGUUGGGAGCCGCAGCCCCGAGCCCGGUCGCCUCACUUGGCGGACGUGAGGCCUGUAGUAAAGAGUAAAGCCUGAGGUAGAUUACCCCUCCCAUCGAGCACGUUAGUUUCCUGCUUACCGCGUAAGCAACCCGCUCAACAAUAUAGUCUGCCUGGCAACUGAUGAUGUUAGCCAAUCAGCUUGCCUUGCUUACUUUAACAUGAUUGGACACUGUAUCCGUAUAUAUACUGGUGCCACCCCUGGGGGAGAAGAAGAAGCCCGGAAGUAGAAGCCCAGAAGGAGCCGCGGGGAGCGGACCAAAGGAGGCUUCGGCUGGGAGCGAUCCCAGGGCAGGCUGUACGGAGAAGGAAAAUAAAAGAAAAGGUUGUCCACUGCCAGACUUUGUCGUGUGUCCUUCCUGCCGGCCGGAAGCGACAUCGACACUGAACCUCAUCUUCAAGGGGACAUAAUGAAUUCCUAGCUCAGCUUCCUAUGUGCUAGAGUUACAGGGAUGCUCCACCAUUCCCAGCAAAAAAGGAAUUGUUUCAAAUAAUCAGAGACUCUUCAAACAGAAUGUGAAACAACAAUGGCAACAAUGAUAAAAGUACUAUAGGACAGUGAUGGUAAACCUUGUAGAACUUUUAAUGAUACAAAUCACCCCCUGCAGCAUUCAUGCCAUAGGUUCUCCACCACUUAUAAUGGUGCAUCUUUAAACUUGAUCUUCCAUGGUGCCUUUACAGACCUAACACAACUAGUUCCACAAAAACCACAUUUCAUCUCCUUACUUGCUCUCUGAACAGAUAGGCCUACUUCUUCUUCCUUAACUUAAAGAGACUGCCCAGACAGCCUCUUGCAGAUCUCUUUUAUAGGCUCCCUCUGACACAACUCCAGUCUACUACUUGACUGUACCAAUAAGUGAUCUAGGGGUGAGUUGCACUGGCUAUGGAAAAGCUUUAGCUUUUAUAUUCUUACUAUCUUCUCCAUUUUCCACUAGCAUUGCUUGUCUACCUAACCUGCCGAUCACUUUUUUAGUUUUGAAAUAUUCAAACUAUGAUGCAACAAAAGCAUUAAUAUUUUAAUAGUAAAUGCUAACAAAAAAUAAUGCUAAUACCAUUUUAACCUUAGGGCUGGGGUGUAGUUCAGGUGUAGCAAAUGUGCUUAGCACACAUGAGAUCCAGGGUUCAAUCCCUAACACCAAAACACAAAAUAUAAAGUACCACUAUGGAAGGAAUGUAUAUAAACAAUCUAAUUUUUAAUAAACUCAGGAAAUUACAUAUUUUUCAAAUGGACCAAAUUUACACUAAAUGUAGACUGAUCCCCAAGAGGGUUUGACUAAAACUUCUACAAGUUUCUCAGGCAAGAAACAACUAACUAUAUGCUUACCUAAGAAGAGUAAUCUAUCACAUGAUUGAGCUUCUGCAUUAUUUUUUAAAGCUUCCACAUUAUUAAAUCUCUUUUCCAUGCUUCAUGAUAAUGACAAGUUGUUGCAUUCUGAAAAAGUGCCAUAAAGUGUGCUUUAUAUAUUUUUAUUUAAUUGCUAUAACAACAAUAUAAAUAUCAUUAGAUCACUUUGUAAAUGAAGAAAUUGAGGUUUGGAGAAGGUAAGUAAUUGUCACAUAGUAAAUAGGUUACUUAGGAUUCAUUAUUCCAAACAUUAAAUAUUUUUAAAACUUUGAAAUAUGAUUAUUAUGUCUACAUAGCUAAUACUUUAUUAAGAAAAAGUGCUUUAUUAUAAUUAAACUUCUAUCUUUUUUAACUUAAAAGCAUAUUUUCUUUAUAUUUAACUUUGCCUUCAUAGAUUUUUUUUUAUUUAAGGGGAAAAAGAAAAAAACAGAAAAAGGGUACAAGUUAUACAGAAUUUCAGAAAAAAUAAACAUUAGGAAAUCACUAGUUGAUAGAUUACAUAUUGUCAGGUUAGAAAUAGUUAUUCAAGUUACAAAAUUAAAGCAUAUAAAGUGGACAUUCAAACAGGGAGACUGCAAACAUUUCUGCUCAAUGAUCCAACAAAACUCAGUAAUAUGGUUAUCUAUCUUAUACACUUAAAUAUACAUGCAGUUAUAUCCUUUAGAACACUUUCUUUUUGUCUCUUUUGUACAAUGACAAUUACAUAUUUUGGGUUUUAAUACUCCCACAGAUCUUAUUACUUUUUUUGAAGAGAAUAAAACCAAAUGUGACAUAACAAAACAGAGUCAGUCAAAUCAAAAGAAUGGACAUAAUACAUAAUGCAAAAACAAAAUACAAGAUGAUCAACAAUGGUUAUCAUAAUGCCUCUUGCUAGCUUAAAAAUAAUUGCCUAUAUCAUCAGUUAUAAUAAAACUGAACAAAGCAGUAAAGAACAAAACCAAUAAAACCAAAACACUGGAGACAUUACAGGUCUUCAAAAGAAGAUAGUAGUCAACCAGAAUGGGCAUCAUAAUGAAUCUUAUUAUCUUCACAAUUGUUGCCUAUACUUUCAAACUUGGUACUAUCAAGCAAAACAGAAUAGAGGAAAAUCAGUCAAAACAAAAUGGUGAGAGCAAUAUGAGGUUUCAAAUCAAGUUAAUAGGAAAUCAAAGUGGGUUACUGUAAUAUAUCCUGCUAUUUUUUAUUUUUCCCAUAAUUAAAAAGAUAAAAAUAAAAAAGUAAAUAAUAAAAAAGGAGAUUGAGAUAAAAGAGGGCAUAACAAAAAAAAAGUGCAGGUCAAAACAACCAUUUAAACAAAAUAAUGUUUCACCACAAGAUAUCCCGACAUAAAAGUAGUUAUCACAGUGUCUCUUUCCUUGAAAUCUUUGAGUAUAACUUCAUAUACUAUAGCAUCAAACAUAUCAAGACAAUGUAAAACAAUUCAAGAGAAUGACAGUAUUACAGGGUAUUUAGAAUCAACUAACAGAAAAUGAACAAUGGUUUCUGUAUAAUCUCCUUGUCUAUAAAAGUUUUUGUUUAUAUUAUCACAUAUAAUAAAAUCCAAUAAGAUACAACAUGUUAAGACUGAUGGAGACGAGACUUCCGGGAGAACAUGGCGGACAGAUAACAGCAACUACCGGAGGCUCUCGGAAAGACUCGGCUCAGAAGCCAGGAAUGGUGCGGACUAAGGAGACAUAAGCAGGUGGAGAUAUGCUCUGCUGACUCAGGAACGAACUGGGCUGAGAGAAACCAACUUGGAAUACAGUCCUGGUGCUAAAACAGGAACAGAAAAGCCUCAGUGUGGAGGCUGGACCCCGCGCCAUUGUAAGCCGCGAUUUGGGUUUCCCACCGCGCGGCGGCUGGCUGCCUCCACAGCGGCUCGGCAAGGAGAGAGACGCGCAGAAGCUCUGAGAAUGGCAAUCUGCGAACGGCAGGGAGGCGUGCACUGACUUGUGGUGAGGUGAGUGAGAGAAACUGACACUCUACCACAGUUUGACUCCAGCAGAGGACUUUCUGGGCCCGAGCAGUCCUGCGGGAGCAGGGCACGGUGGCGACUCCAGCCACAC